UAUAAUCGGUUAUUCGAUUCAUCGUGCCAUAACUAAUGGUAUCGUAUAGUGUCCCUACUAAAAUCUAAAAAAUAGUUUGCUUACGAAGUGGUUCUUAUGCUCACAAAGCUUUUGUAAUGUCAAAAUGAAAUUCAAUGCUGCUCUUAAUAAUUUAAGAUAGUCAAGCUGUUGAUAAAUAAGAUAUACACUAAUGCAUUUAACGUAAAGCUGGAUUUCAAGAUUUGGUAUACCAGCAAAUAAGAUUUUAAGCGUGGCAUUGCCUGGCCACCAAGCACAGGCUUGAUCAUACCAAGUCAUAAAGUAAUAAAAUCUCUUUUCGUCAAUCGUGUUUUUUUACCGAGAGGUGGAAGGAGUUACAAAAAAUGACGGAAGAAACAUUCAUGCUCGUUUUACUAGUGGCUGUUAUGCUUGUGGGUUCAUACAUCGCAGGGAUGAUUCCACUAAUAAUGAAAUUAAGCGAGGAAAAGUUGAAAUUCGUAACUGUUCUGGGUGCUGGAUUAUUGGUAGGUACCGCGCUAUCCGUUAUUAUUCCCGAAGGAAUCCGCUCAUUGUACAUGGACACGUUUAAAACCAAUUUGCCAGAUUUUGCUACGCCCGCUGGAAGAAAAUUAGAGAAACCUCUUAUCCCUUCUACAACAGGCCAUUUAAUUAGCGGCAAUAUAGCUGACUCAGACUUCUCCCGAACGAUUGGUUUAUCACUUGUACUGGGUUUUGUAUUCAUGAUGCUGGUAGAUCAGAUAUCUCAGCAUAAAAGCGCAAGCAGUACAAACGAUAAAAACAUAACGGCGACAUUGGGCUUAGUUGUGCACGCUGCAGCUGACGGAGUGGCGUUGGGGGCAGCCGCCACAACUAGCCAUCAAGAUGUUGAAAUAAUCGUAUUUCUGGCAAUAAUGCUCCAUAAGGCGCCGGCCGCCUUUGGCCUAGUUAGCUUUCUUUUGCACGAAAAAAUUGAACGACAGCAGAUACGCAAACACCUGCUUAUAUUUUCUCUGUCAGCUCCACUAUUAACACUACUGACGUAUUUUGGCAUUGGGCAAGAACAAAAAGAAACAUUAAAUUCAUUGAAUGCGACUGGCAUAGCCAUGCUUUUUUCAGGAGGCACUUUUUUAUAUGUAGCAACAGUGCAUGUGCUACCUGAACUAACACAAAAUUCUGGUGAUAACUACUCACAUUCACAUAACCAGUACGAUUACCGUCCAUUAGAUAGUACUUCAAGUGGGAUCGAAUCGCAGGUUAAUUUACGUUCCUCCAAUGGGAACGCAAUGCGAGGGGGUUCGAAAGGAUUGCGUAUCGGUGAACUUAUAAUAUUAAUAUGUGGCGCCUUACUUCCGCUCGUUAUAACGUUCGGUCAUCAACACUAGUAAUAAGCAAUAUUUUGUUUAUAAAAUUUUACACAAGAAUCACUAACAUUUUUUAUUAUGCCAUUUCUGAUGUAUGUAUAACAGCGACAUUGUAUAUAAACAUAUCUGCGUGUAAAUGACUUAGUAAACAACGAAAUAUUUGUAAAAUAUUUGGUUGCCCGUUAGAAGAUUUAAUGAAAAUAAAAUAUUUUAAGUAAAUUUAUUAAACCAAA